UUUUGUCAAGAUCCGCUUCAUUCCAUUCCCUUCGUUGACACCUCCCCACCAUCAUCCUUCUCGAGAUCUGAGGUCUCGUUGCUUUGGGCCCUUCACCUUGCCAAGUCCACGAUGGCUAUCUCAAAGACCAUUCUCGUCCCUAACCCACUUCUUCCCGUCACUCUCUUAGGGAAGAAGGCUGUUAUAUCCUCCGAGACAGAAGUGCCUCGCCCUCUAGAUCAAGCAGACGAGUCUAGAUAUCUCGUCGUCUCUCCGUACACGGAGCGGGAGCACCUGCUCGAUCUUGAGAGCGUGGACAUAGAGAACCAGCUCCUUGCCUUGGCAUUGGUGCGCAUGAAGAACCUGAGAGAAGACUAUGCCACGGCACCGUAUCUGGAUACCUUUAAUUGGGGCGAGGUUAUCGAGUCGUUGCGCACACUCGCACGCAAACGCGGCCACCACUGGAAGGAAACUUCCUUCUACAUCGUUGCAUUCCGCUCGCAAAUCCCCCCAUCGACUGUGUACGCCGACCUUGGCGUGCUUGACAAGGCAGCACACGUCGAAGCGACAGAGAGCGGGGGUUUCUUGAAGUAUUGGUUUGGAGAACCAGAUAGCGACGGCCGAAACCUUGCGACGUGCAUCUGGAGCUCAAGGGAAGACGCAAGGAGAGGAGGCGUGGGCCCAGCUCACCGGAAAGCUGCUGGUGCCACCAGAUUCUUGUACUCGAAUUGGAAGAUUGACCGCCACAGACUGAUCAUCCGCGACGGGAUUGAGAGCUGGGAUAUCAUUGAUUGGGUUGACGAGAAUUAAAGCGUUCGAACUUGCCUGAGAAGAGCGGGAGUUGGUCCUUUUUCUUUUUUCCCGAUUUCUUUACGGAGUUCC